CGAGGACGCUACGGCUGGGUCUGAGCAAAAGGCAUUGGGCCCGCUCGUUUUGCGGAACAAAAAUGGCGGAAAGCUUUCGGAUAAGGGAAAUAUAGCAGUACUUCACGACUGCGGCUACCGGAAGUACUCGGUUAUGACACAAUGCAAGUUUUUACAAAGAUCGCGUGACUUGUUUGGGGUAACUGGCUACCCAAACGCGAAGCUAGAAUAACCCGACACCUGGAGCAGUUUGGAGUUAUUUGAGAUAUCUCUGAUUUGCGCUAUUUAUGUUACAAAGGAUUUUGAAGUAAGAUGAAAUAGCAUUCGUGGCUACGUAUACACAGCACUAACGUGUGGCUGUUCUAGUUGAAAAGAUUUAUAUUUGCUUUCUAAUUUAGACCGCUUGCAGUUUGUUCAGGGGGUCUCGGAUCUGAGUUUCGACACUCA